AUGGAACAUAAAACCAACACUAACACUGAAAUUAUCAAUAACGUACAACAAGAGUUGCUUAAGUUGCAGAGUAAAUGUGACAUGUUAGCAGAUCGAGUGGGGAAUAUAGAGAGUUCAAACGAUGAGCGAGACAGUGAUACUAUCGCUAGUUUGGAACGCCAUAAUAAAUUUCUUGUUGAGGAGGUGAAAACCUUAAAUUUUAAGUUGGAAAAUCUUGAGAAGAAGGCAAAAGCUGAGAACGCAAAAGCUGAGAACGCAAUUAAUAUCCAUGCUAAUGAUAUUUCCUCUCCUAAAACCACCCAUGUGAAUAAUGAAAUGCAUGUUAUGAGUAUAAGUAACCUUAUUCCCUCUCCUAAAACCACCCAUGUGAACAAUGAAAUGCAUGUUAUGAGUAUAAGUAACCUUAUUGUCGAUGACUCUGAAGAAAUUAGCAUUGUUUCUAGCGUUAAUGACCCGUACCACAUUAAUGUUGGUCACAAUAUUAUCCACAUGAGUCUAAUCAACAACAAA